UGCGCGCGGCGCGGCCGGCGAGCGGAGGCGAUGGGGGCGGCGGCGGCCGAGGCGGACCGGACUCUCUUCGUGGGCAACCUCGACCCCAAAGUCACCGAGGAGCUGCUCUUCGAGCUCUUCCACCAGGCAGGCCCAGUCAUUAAAGUAAAGAUCCCGAAGGACAGGGAUGGGAAACCAAAGCAGUUUGCAUUUGUGAAUUUCAAACAUGAAGAAUCUGUCCCCUAUGGCAUGAGUCUACUUAAUGGGAUCAAACUUUUUGGGAGACCUCUCAAAAUUCAGUUUCGAUCAGGGAGCAGCCACGCAUCUCACGACAGCAGUUUGCCCCAUUUUCAACAUGGACCCCCCAAUGGAAGCUCCUCCAGUGCGCAACAGCUGCCAAUACCUGCCAGCAACAGCAGGUAUGAACGGAACACAGAGAACAUGUCAGCAGGGUUCCCAGCUGUGCAGAGGUCCUUCUCGUCUCCAGAUAGCCUCCAAAGGCAAGCUGUGAUGAACAGCGCCAUGUGGCAGCCGUCGCAGUACAGCGGGAGGCACGGCUCCCUGCCUGCGGAGCCGUCCAGUUUUGCUUUGCCAGGGCACCAGAAGAGUUACCCCUUUCCCCCGCCGGGGGCCCCGCCAGCCCAGUGGCGGCAAGAGCCCACCCUGGGCCCACGCAAGGGCCGGAUGAAUUCCCACCCGUAUCAGGCUGACGGCAGGCAUUACAGCCGGGAGCAGCAGCGGCUGGCGGACUAUGGCUCGGAGCAUCACUUCCGGGGGAGCCGGGAUGAGUAUGGCCACGACGACCGGAGCUACGGCGGCUGGAGCCACGACUAUGACAGCCGGCGGGAGAGCUCCCGGGAGGGCAAGUGGCGUCCCUCCCGUCACUAGCGCAUGUGCCCGGUGCAUUUUAUAUGACUUUCCUGGGGGAAAUUAGGCGAUUCUUUCCCUUUUUAAGAAAGUGUUCUUUUUUUUAUCGAAGACCUUGUAGACGGUAACUUCACAAGUUACUCUUUUUAAAAAGAAUCAUUUUAUAAAAAUCACCUGCAGUAUGUAUUUUGAGAAAAGUGGCUUGGUUUCAGUGGUAUUAACUUUUUCCCUCAGGGUUUAGGCGACAAAAAAGUGCCACACCUUUAAACAAAAAAUCCAUUGUAGUUUAUUUUAUAAGGAAAAAAGCUGUGCUGCUUUGGUUGUAUUUUAAAAUGACGUUUGUAUUUUUGUAGUGUGCUAACUGAGAGCCUUUGAGGUGGUAAUCCUACGAAGGGCGCCACAGAGUAGAAAGCUCAUGGCAUCUUGCCCGAUUGGCGGCAGUGUUUUGCUACUGGAAUAAAAAAAGGUUUUUUUUUGAAUAUUGUGUCAAGGAAACGUUAGCCUGCUUAGAUAUAAGAGUAAAAGAAAUUUGCCGGGGGACUUGGUAAUUUGUAUGGAAGGAUGUGUUAAUUUUCCCAGCUGCUUUCAUGAUGUAUAUUAAUUUUGAUAUUAAGGGAGAGCAUCUAGAGUAUCAUAGUCAUUUUCAACCAUUGAGAGUAUAUCCCAAUGCACAUUUAGACAGGAAAACGUCCUAGAAUCCCUCAGCCAGUCAAACGGUCUGAGUAAUGCUAUGAUAAGUAUGAUUUUUUCUGUCUAAAGAUGCAUUGGGUAGUGCCUGUAAGUGAUUUAAACCCCCCAAAAUCACCGCAUGCCUCUUUGCAUACCCUUUCUGUAUUUAAGAUAAACGGUUUAGGUGGUAAAUCUAGAAAUCUAAAUCUUUAAAUAUUUGAAAAUUUGCUAUUGUGAAAUUUUUAGAAUAUUAGCAGAAGGCAGCCGUUUGAUUGGAAACACGACCAUUUGCUUUCAGACUAAAUCUAAAACCUUAACUAAAGGACUGAGAUGAAUAUUUCGGUAGGUGUGGAAGGGCUUUGUGCUGUCCUUCCUCCUCCUGGAAUGUGUGCAUUUAAAGUCGCCAUCAGUGGGUAUAGCUGCACUUGUGAACACUGGCAUUUUCUGCAAGCCAUGCUUCAGGUGGGAACCUUGGGUUCCUCUUUUUAAACUAUGUCGGCCAUUUGUUUCAGAUGAUUCCCAUGUAGGUUGCCAGCACUCCGGUUGAACACGAGUGAUGUCAGGAGCAACUGGCGCUUGUAGCUGGGCUUCCAUCCAGUGGCCAUACCUGGGCCAUAGCAAAGUCACGAUAAAUUUAAGUCCUAUUGAUUUCAGUGGGUCUGCACUGAGUAUGAUGAAGUCUCCCCUUCCUGCUUUUGGUAAAUUUGCUCUUCAGCUUCACGCUGUGCUGUGUAGUGAACAGAAAUAUUCUGCCCUUCUGCAUUACAAUUUGGCAGAAACAAAAAUGACUGUAAUAGCAGCCACUGUAAAAGGAUCAGUCUGCUUUUUCUGGCAUAUCUUCCAUAAUCCGCACGCAGAUCUUUUCAUUCUUGCCCAGGUUCAUCACAGCCACUUGAGUUCUAGCUGUCCUUUUGCACAAUAGCUUAUGACCUUGCCUGAAGGGGUUGUUUUCAAAAGCUGUUCAUAGUAUUUUGUCAAAAUUAUGCCAGUAUAAAAAAAAUAACUCUGUUAAAUAUCUCAUUGACUUAGUUUUAUAUUUAUGACAUUGUUCAGAAAAAACACACGUAUAAAACAAUUAUAUAAUUCUAAGUUUCCCAAGCAAUACUGAGAGUAUUAAAAAUGCACUUCGGUUGUGUGCAAAUAUAUUUUCACUACAAUAAAUGUGUUGUUUUAAAACA